AUGGCUCCACGAAACAACCAAAGACAAGUUAAGCUCGACCGACCACCACCCGACCUAUCCAAUAUCAUUUUCCGCGAUAACGACGACGGCCAACAACAACAAAAGUAUAAAAAAUUCUAUACCCGUUCCGUCGUUCCUACAAAAUACGUAAGUUCGGAGUGUUUGGAAACCUUAGGAAUGACCGAUAGCAUCGUAUUCAUGCUCAAUAACACCGGUUUAACCAGUCUCUACACAAACUCAUGUCCAAUUUAUGAACCACUCGUGCUUGAAUUUCUUAGUUCCUUCUCUUACACAACACCUGUCGACGAUCCCUACACAACCGGAACCGCCAACUUCCGCAUGUUUAACCAAGAGUACUCUCUUAAUCAAGAAAGAGUCGCUGAACUCUUAUCUUUCACUCGCGGCGAGCAUGUUCAUUACAAGCCUUUCGACGAUGACCACGAUCUUUCUUGGGAUCAAGUCGGCUUCUCCUUAUGGAAUGAUCUAACCGGUCAAACCACGGAAAGUUGGCGCGACCUCUAUGCUUCUCAAAUACAUAACCCUGCAUUAAGGUACUUUCACCGCGUUCUUGAUAACACCAUCUUUGGUCGGACCAAUAAUCACAAGGUCAACCAAAAUGAGUUGUUCAUCAUUUUCUGUGCCCUUAAUGGUAAGGCUGUCAACGUUGCUCCUUUCAUGCUCAGUCACAUCCACACAUGCGUGAACGCAGCAGGUACUAAUCCCUUUGUUUUUGGAGGCAUCAUCACAUCUUUAGCAUAUGCUUUAGGACUUUCCGCCGAGCUAUUUUCUUUGUUACAAUAUAUGAUGCCAGCCACUCUUCUUGAUGUCAUCUAUUGCCGAGAUUCCCAUAUAAUCUCUCCAAGACAUGAUGGCCGGUUUACAUUAGUGAUAAAUCAUCGUCAAAUUCCUGAUUUUGUGUUACCUUGUCCGAAUCGUAUCGACGUCCGAGUCUGCGCCAAUUGUCGUUAUGCUCUUGAUGCACCUGCCGCCCAACAACCAAAUAAUCCCGCUGCAAAUUUCGCAGCUAUGCAGGCUCAUAUGCUUCGUCAAGAUCAGUUGUUCCAUGCCAUGCAACAAAACUAA